AUGUAUAAAGGUUAUCUUUUCCUUUGUUUAAUAUUGCUGGCUUUAGAAGCAUCCUCUAAACCCAAUAUUAAAAACUUGGAGAAAGAGGACCUUGUCUUUUCCAAAUUUUUGAUAAAACAGGCAAAAGGUUCAAAACAAUUUGACGGUGAAGAACACCGUGUAGGUGACUUACCCUGGGCAAAUGGGGAGUUGCCACUCGAAAAGCACUAUGCCGGCUACAUACAUAUCCGCUCUUUUAAGAUUUUUGAGAGGACAGGAAACGCAAGCUUAUGGCUUCAAGGUGGUCCAGGAUCCAGCUCCAUGAUCGGAUUAUUCUAUGAGAUGGGCCCAUUUAAGGUUACAUCAAAUAUGAAAUUAAUACGAAAUCCGCAUACUUGGAAUAAACAUUAUGGGAUGCUGUUCAUUGAUCAACCAGUCGGAGCUGGGUACUCUUUUGUAGACUCUCCACAUCAAGCGAUUUUAACAGACCCUGAAUGUUCAUACAUUGAUCAAUAUCAAGGGGAGAAUGGUGACGGAAACGCCAAGCAUCAAAAAUCAAAGCUUAGACAAACCAUUAUUCGUAUGAUGGAGUCUUUUUUCUUUCGUCGUAAAUCUCAUCACGUCCGAAACGAUGAUCCUUGCUAUAUGGAAGGAUAUGUCAGUAAUCAAAAAGGAAUUUCAAAAGAUUUGUUAGUGUUCUUACAAAAAUUCUAUCAACGUUAUCCAGAACAGAAACGUAGUGAGUUGUAUAUAGCCGGUGAAAGUUACGCAGGCAAAUAUGUGCCUUCAUUUGCAACUGCCAUUUAUAAACAUAAUACUUUUUUACGCCAACAAAAAAAAUAUGAAGAUAUUUUUCCUCUUGCUGGCGUCGCUAUCGGCAGUGGAUUUACUGAUCCAAUUACUCAAAUCAAAUCCCAUGGAGAACAAGCCUAUCAACUUGGUGGUCUUGUUUCAUCAAACGAUGCAGAUUACAUGAAUCAACUAGCUGCACUAACCGUUCUUCGAAUUAAGGAAAAUGAUUUUUUAGGAGCUAGAGAAAUUCGCAAUAAAUUAUUUAAAUACUGGCAAAAUGUCACCGGAAUCAUGAAUUAUUAUGAUAUUCGGAGAACUGAAAUGCAGAAUGAUUGGAGCUUGAUGGAACGAUUCCUUAAUAUACCGGAAAUAAAGAAAUCCGUUAAUGUUGGCAACCGGCGAUAUUUUAAAGAUUUGUCGGGUGAUAUUAUGAAAUCUACCGCACACCUAUUCCCUACAUUAAUAGAGAAUUAUAAAGUGAUGCUCUUUCAAGGGAACAUGGAUUUUCGUGAUGGAGUUGUUGGAAAUACCGAAUGGCUGUGUUCAUUAGAAUUUGAUGGUUCUGAAAUUUUCAGAAAAAAGCCACGCAAGAUUUGGCACCUAGAUGACAAUCUGAUUGGUUACUCGGUACAAUCAAGAAAUCUUACCAGGAUAGUAUUCUUACAAUCUGGACAUUUUGUUCCCAUAGAUCAACCAAUUGCAACAUUAGAUAUGAUAACACGUUUUAUUGAAAAUGAACCUUUUUAA